AAAUUAUGAGUGAAAUUACAAAAUAUGUUGAAAAAAACAAAAAAAAUUGAGUUUUAUAAUCUCGAGUUUGCUAGUUACGCAAUGCGCAAGCUCACUUCUGCUGUUUUCAACUCAACUUCACUUGCUCUAAUGCGGUUGUUUGUAUGAUAGGUUAAGCUGAAGUAUACACGAUGAGCACCAGAGUAUAUGUUGGAAGAUUGAGUUAUGACUGUACUGAAAGAGAUUUGGAGAAAUUUUUCAAAGGAUAUGGAAGAAUAAGAGAGAUUUUACUGAAAAAUGGAUUUGGAUUUGUUGAAUUUGAAGAUGGUAGAGAUGCUGAUGAUGCUGUUUAUGAGUUAAACGGAAAAACCUUACUUGGUGAAAGAGUUAUCUUGGAGAUUGCUCGAGGUCCAGUUAGAAAGCAAACUGGUGGGAGAUUUGGCUUCAGAAGGCGAGGUAGCUGGAUUGAUAAGUAUGGUCCACCAACUCGCACUGAUUAUCGCUUGAUUGUUGAAAAUUUAAGUAGUAGAGUUAGUUGGCAGGAUCUGAAAGAUUACAUGCGUCAAGCAGGAGAAGUUACCUAUGCUGAUGCUCAUAAACAACGAAGAAAUGAAGGUGUUGUUGAAUUUUCAUCUUAUUCCGAUAUGAAGAAUGCAUAUAGCAAGUUGCAAGAUACUGAACUAAGUGGAAGAAAAAUUCAUCUGGUUGAAGAUUGUAAAGAUAGCGGUAGAAGAUCCAGGUCUCGUUCACGGUCAAGAUCACGUUCUCGCUCUCGAAGUCGCAGGAGUCGCACCAGAAGUGGAAGUCGAUCUCGCUCCAGGUCCCGUUCUGAAUAUCGAUCUGUGUCUCGUGACAGAUCUGCAUCAAGGUCUCCUUCCAGAGAAAAGGAAAGGUCAAGAAGCAGAAGUCACAGCAGGCAGAGGUCACGCUCCAGAUCUCCUCCUCGAGAUUACAGCAAUGAAUGAGUUGAUGUUAUUUACAAUGCAUGUGUAAAUAUUUCAUGUUGUGCCUGAGUAUAUUACUGUAUAAGCAUUUCUUUCACUAGUAUUUUAAAUCUACAGCCAAAAUUUCUUUUCUUAGUGAUGAUGAAUUUUCUUAAGUCAGUGUAAUGUAUUUGAUCAUGGAAGGCAUAAAUAAAGACUAUCAUAUUUGUCAAA